AUGACGACGAAGCGCGGUCAGUCAACGAAGUCAUACGUACUGAUUGAAGGUGAAGCGAAAGACUGCUCGUUCUGUGGGAUCCUCACGGUGGACAACGAGUGCAACAAGGCGCUGGCGUUGUGCGAGGAAGAGGAAGACGCGCGAAUGCACGUCGGCGGUCUGCAGCCUGGUCAUAGCUCCGCGCCGUUGAGAGGUGACGAGAAGCCUCACCGUUUCGAAUGGAGACGAGAAGCCAUGCUGGCCUAUGGUCCAGACACAAUAGCGGACGCUAAGUCAAUCACCAUCACCCUAUGGCGGCCAGUGCUCCGUAGGAUGUUGGAGUCUCUCAUCUGCUGUAUGCCCGUCUCAAGGCAGCAUCAGGAGAGGGUAGAAGACGAAGACAGAAGCAAAACUCUUGCCUGUAUUUGGUCUAUCCAAGCACCUCUGUCUGCAAAACGGCAAGCUGCCUCGCUUGACAGAUCUGGCCACUAUCUGCUCGUUCUUAACGAGAAGCUUCAUGAGGUUUCUGUCCAUUACAUACCACUGUCGAAUCGGUAUCUCUCAACCAAAAGACUAAUUGCUCUCCAAGCAAUCAUAAACGCCAUCUGAUCAUCAAAUCGUGGCGAUACACAAAUUUACACGCCUCGGAACACCCGAAUAACCAAGAACCAACAAGCACCAAUGAAUCUGACUGCUGCCAAGGCUGCCACGGAGUAGAGCACAACUGCCAUAUAAAUCGUGCUGCGCUCGGCUUCCGUCUCAUCGUCUUUAUCGCCAACGUCGACACGGUUUAGACCUCCGGCAUUGAGAACGACAGCCGCGAGGGCCAGGUUACACAGCAUCCAGCCCACAACGACUGUAGACCGGAAGCCCUUGUAAUAGUCCUCGUGCUUUUGCUCUUGCGUGACGACCUUGGCAGGCACUUCGUACUUGGUCGAGAAGGUCCGAAGCUCUUCUUCAUACUGCGUGUUGAGGUCCGCGUCGUCGGUGGGUAUAGCAACAUCGACUUUCCCGCCAGGCUUGAGGUUGGCAGCAGGAAGCUUCUCCGGCUUGUCGUCACCCUUGGUACCCCAAGUAAUAUCGUGGGUGUUGCAAAAAGCAUACACGUUCAGGAUGUUGAGGUAAGUCGGCGUGAGCAGGAGGUAUUGAAUGAAUGAGGUGAUCAUGUGCCAGGGAUC